UACAAGACCAUUUAGAGAAUUCUUAAAACCAUAUAGAGCCGAACCUAGGAAAUUAAGACGUUAUAGAAAAAGGCAUGCUUCCAGAGCUCAUAGUGGUGAGAAUCCAACUCCUGAACAUCUUAAAUAUCUUUCGAGAAUUGCAUUAAGGCAAGAAUCAGACC